CGGCGCUGCGCCAUCUUGUCUGCAGACAGCUCCCCUCUCAGGCUCAGUCCUCCUCUAAACACUCCUGUCAGCUGCUCCGCUGCUUUCAGCUCCUCGAACCUUCACCGCCCUGUGGUCACAUAUCACCUGUUUCACCUGCGUGGCCGGAGGCUGCCGGUGAUUCGAUGACGUCCCUGCGGCUGCUGUCGGUGGAUCCAUCAGACCGCGGCUCUCAGAGAUGCCGGCUGGGUCCAGGCCUGAUGUCGGCCCUGGGCCUGAGUCUGGGCUCCCCCCUGCUGGUGUCUGUCCCGGGGGGGAGCUGCCUGUGCACCGCCUGGCCCCGCUCCGACCUGGCAGAGGGCUUCCUGCAGAUGGACCUGAAGUGUGCGUCUCCCGGUCUGAUCUCUCAUCCUCCCUCACUCCUGCACCUGGACCCCGACCAGCUCUCGCCUGUGACCUGCCCCAAACUGAAAGGUGUGAAGAUAACCGUGGUAGUCCAGACGUUUGACUUUAAGAAACACACUCCUCACAAACUUAUUCAUGAGCUCGUGAAGGACAUGCUGAAAGGUGUGUGUGUCCACGAGAAGCAUGUGAUCAACCUGGAGGACGUUGAUACAGAGAUCAGAUAUGUUGUGAUUGAAAGCCUUCACCCGGACUCGGCCAGUUCUGGAUUAAUCACCUCGAAAACCGGUGUGGAGAUAAUUGGCAUCCAGACAGUCCGCCAUUACAGGAGUCAGCAGCAGGACCAUAACACUGUGUCACUGGGAGGACUGGAGGAGGUGAGUGCUUCCCUGAGAGAGAUGCUGCAGCUGCCUCUGCUUUACCCCGGUACCCUGAACUCACUGGGUGUGUCCUGUCCCAGAGGCGUCCUCCUGGUGGGGCCUUCAGGGGUGGGCAAGACCCUGCUGGUCCACAAGGUGGUGGGGGAGGUGGGGGCCAGCCUGGUGCUGGUCAGAGGGCCAGAGGUGGUGGGCUCCCGGCCGGGUGAGAGCGAGGAGAGGCUGCGGGCUGUGUUCGAUCGAGCCCGAGCUGCAGCCGACGAGGGCCCGUGUGUUCUGUUCCUAGACGAGCUGGACUCUCUGUGUCCGAGGAGAACCGGCUCGUCGGCGCCGGAGAACCGCCUGGUGGCUCAGCUCCUCACUCUGAUGGACGGGAUCAAUCAGUCGGAUCGCUUCCUCAUCGUUGGAGCCACUAACCGGCCGGACAGCUUGGACCCGGCUCUACGCCGGCCUGGAAGAUUCGAUAGAGAAGUUAUCAUCGGAGCUCCCACUUUGCAGCAGAGGAAAGCCAUCCUGUGUGUUCUGUGUGCGAGGAUGCCUCUGUGUCCCGGCGUGGACAUGGCAGAGCUCGCACAGAGAACUUCAGGCUUCGUGGGAGCGGACCUCAGUGCUCUGUGCCGGGAGGCUGCCAUGCACGCUCUAAGAGAGACCUCUAAGGGUUCAGGGGAGCAGCUGGUGCGUAUGAGCCACUUCCAGGAGGCCCUGAGGCUGGUGCGUCCCUCCUGCCUGCGCGGCAGCCUGGGCAGGACGGAGCUCCCUCCGGUGUCUUUGGAGAAGAUAGGAGGCCUGGACGAGGUCAAGCUCAAACUAAGACAGAGUAUUGAGUGGCCGAUGAAGUAUCCGGAGGCCUUUGUGCGUCUGGGUCUCAGUCGGCCCCGUGGCGUGCUGCUCUACGGACCUCCAGGAUGUGCAAAGACCACCCUGGUCAGAGCGGCAGCAAGCUCCUCCCACUGUGCCUUCCUGUCUGUCAGUGGCGCUGACCUCUACUCUCCGUAUGUCGGAGACUCAGAAAAGGCUUUAGCACAGCUGUUUCGACAGGCCCGUGCCUGUGCCCCCUGUAUCCUUUUCCUCGAUGAGAUCGACUCUCUGAUUGGCUCUCGGUCGAACAACCAAUCCAGCGGCGUGCACACACGCCUCCUGUCUGUGUUGCUGAAUGAGAUGGAUGGGGUCGGCCUGAGGUCGCUGGAGAGGAGAGGGACAGAGAAGAUCCUCCAGGCAGAGGGAGCUGAGGAGACCCGCCCUCAGGACCAGUUGGACUGCCAGGAAGUAUGCAACAAAGAGGUGAUGGUCGUAGCCGCCACAAACAGACCCGACUGCUUAGACAGCGCCCUCCUCAGGCCUGGAAGACUGGACCACAUCAUCUACGUCCCACCACCCGACCAGCAGGCUCGACUCGCUGUCCUGAAGGUGUGUAUGCAGUCGAUGCCUGUUGCCGCUGAUGUGUGUCUGGAGGAACUAGCGUCAAAGAGCGAACUUUACUCUGGAGCUGACCUGGAAAACCUGUGUAAAGAGGCUGCUCUGCUGGCGCUUCAAGAAGAGAACAUGGCGGCUUCUGUCAUCAAACACACUCACUUCCUGCAGGCCCUCGGAAAGAUGAGCCCCUCUCUCACUGCACAGCAGAUACACAAAUAUCAAACAAACUUCAGAUGACAAACACUAAUCACCACAACCCUCUGUAGUGAUGACUUGUUAAAACAAUGUGUGAAAUAAAAAUUGUGAAACUCGA